CAACGCGAUGGCAGACGAAAGAAACUUCAGGUCGCACUUUUAUGAAAAAAUGGGUUUUAGGGGAGUCGAGGAAAACAAAUUAAUUGAAAAUCUUCUCAAGGAGCAGCCAUAUGAGCUUAAGAAGCUGUCUCAAUUCUGCCUGAAGUUCCCUGUUCCUGCGAUUUAUAGACCUCUUGUUUGGAAAGUACUUCUAGGCAUCCUGCCGCCAUACCAAGAGAGCCACGAGUUUGUCAUGACCAUGAGAACAGAUCAGUUCAAUGAUCUGAUGCAUUCUCUGAAAGUCAUGGGGAAAGUGGACGACAGGACCCCCCUGCCCCUGGUCUUCCUGAAGAUGUACCACAUGGAGGAAGGAACGCUUUUGUUUGAUGAGAAUAGGCUGGUCAUGCAGCCAGAAGGUCAAAGCUUCAUGGCAGUUGCUGCAGCAGUCCUGGAAAUGGUGGAGAGUCACAUUGAUGCAUACUGGAUUUCUACAAAAUUUUAUAAAUUGCAAGAGAAAUGGAAAGAUAUCAUGCAUGUUUUGUCUGAAAGGACAGAGCAUUAUCUUAAAAAGGAGGACCCAGAUGGGAAAUUAUACACCAAGGUUCUCAACUUGAACAUAUUUGGUGCUAUACCUCUGAGUAGGUGGUUCUCUUCCAGUUUUGCUGGAGUGUUGCCAGAAACAUCUUUUGAAAGAAUCUGGGACAAAAUAAUAGGAGGCUCUUGCACAGUGCUUGUCUUUGUGGCUGUGGCAAUCAUUCUUACACUGAGGAGGCCAAUAUUGACGUUAAGGACAGAUGCUGAGAUUGUGCAAUAUCUUAAAAAUAUUCCAGCAGACAGUGCAGACAUCAUUGUGGCUAAGGCCGUGGAGUUGUGGCGGAGUCACGGAAGCUUGCUCUUUCCCAGUGGCAUAAAAGCAGACUCUCCAGUCAUAAUAGAAAAAGUGCCAAGCUGAGAGGGAGGACCGUCCUAUGUACA